AUGAGAAAGGCCUGGCCAGAACCGUCUCACACUCCCGAGCAGACUAUCUUUGGGAUUGUGUCUUGUUUAGAAAGCGAGCUGUGCUGCCCUGUCCUCAACGCUCCCAACAAGCGAGACGGACAUGUCGAUCAAAAAGCUUCGGCCAGCUGUUCAAGAACGCGCCAUCGCCAUGUCAACUUUGAUGCGGCAGUUGAUUAUCUUUCUCGUGCCUACAGCAGUCCGAGUCUGUGUCCAUACCGCCAUGUCCGAUCAAUGCAACGUGAACGAGGACCCCGCCGUAAUCCCGGUAAUCUUCAACAAGCAGAUCUGUGUGCCUGA